AUGGGGGUGAGAUGCCUGCUCCUGCCGCUGCUGUGCCUCUCGCUCAUGCCGCCGGGGCCUGGCGAUGGAGCCAUUGUAUUGUCUGUCCCUGAAGUGGUUUCAUUAGAAAAUGGAAGUUCAACAAACAUCACUGUAUCUCUGAGGGCUCCAUUAAAUGAGACACUGUCAAUAACACUUAAUAUUACAUACUCAUCAAAACACAGAACCAUUGUUGAACUACCUAAUGAAAUUAAACUGCCUGCAGGUCUCACUGAGGUAGACUUUCAAGUAAAAGCAGAUGAUGUUGGGCAAGUUACAGUGUAUCUUCAUACCAGUAAUUCCAACGUAACUGAACCUAGGAUUCAAUUUCAAGUGAUUCGCAGCAUCAUAGUGAAAUACGCGGAUGAGGUGAUUGGUUGGAUCUAUUUCCUUGCCUGGUCUAUCUCCUUCUAUCCUCAACUCUUUGAGAACUGGCGACGGAAAAGUGUUGUGGGAUUGAGCUUUGACUUCAUUGCAUUAAACCUUACUGGCUUCAUAGCAUACAGCGUAUUUAAUGUUGGACUCUUCUGGAUUCCCUUAAUUAAGGAGGAAUUCUUACUCAGUUAUCCCAACGGAGUAAACCCUGUGGCUAUCAACGAUGUGUUCUUCAGCCUCCACGCGGUAGCUCUAACUCUCCUCAUCAUAAUUCAGUGCUGCAUCUACGAGAGAGCAGGUCAGAAAGUAUCCAAAGUUGUUGUUGGACUACUGGCACUCGCAUGGAUUUUUACCAUCACAACAUUGUUCCUUGCUGCAGCUGAGGAAAUGACAUGGCUACAGUUCUUAUUUUGCUUCUCUUACAUUAAGUUAGCAGUCACACUGACAAAAUAUUUUCCACAGGUAAAUCUGAGCUACUUUUCUGUUGAAACAUUGAAGAGCACGGAGGGAUGGAGCAUUGGAAAUGUAUUACUGGACUUCACUGGUGGAAGCUUCAGCCUCCUACAGAUGUUUCUACAGUCGUACAACAACGACCAGUGGAAGCUAAUCUUUGGAGACCCAACUAAGUUUGGCCUGGGUGUCUUCUCCAUCAUCUUUGAUGUUGUUUUUCUGAUCCAACACUACUGCCUUUAUAGAAGACGAGGGUAUGAACCUUGUGACUAACAUCUGCCAAAAUAAAAACUUUCUAUUGCACUGACCCCCAUCUUGGCUGGGAAUUCCAAGAUGUCUCUUAACCAGCUACCAGAAAUACCGAAUCUGAGCUCUACUUACUUUGAUCCUUUCUGGUACAG